AUGAUACCAUGGCUCUUGACAGCCUGUAUAUAUCCUUGUGUCAUAGGUCCUGACUUCUGGGGACUUCUCCAUGGCGAUUGGAGAAUGUGCACAGCCGGUCAGAUGCAGUCACCAGUCAACAUUGAUCCAUCACAGCUUCUCUACGAUCCUCAUCUAAUGCCUAUCAACAUCGAAGGAAACAUUGUGGAAGCAGUAUUCGAAAAUACGGGUCAACUGCCAGUAGUGACAAUAAAAGAUUUACCAAAUAAGCCCACAAUAAACAUCACAGGAGGACCCACAAUGCCUUAUCGAUACAAUCUUCAUCAAAUAAGCGUCCAUUUCGGUAGAGCAGAUGAAGGAGAGAAAGGAUCAGAGCACACUGUGGAUAGAGUCAGAUUUCCAGCAGAGAUUCAACUAUUGGCAUACAACAGUGCACUCUAUCCGAAUUUCAGUGUAGCCAUGACGUCUCCAAGAGGCCUUUUAGCAGUUUCUGUUAUCGUUGAUAUUGGAAAAACAACUGCUGUCGAAUUGAGAAGGCUAACUGUUGCUUCUCAAAGCAUUACUUAUAAAGGUCAGUCUACGAAUCUCACCGACUUUCAACCAUCCGCUUUACUCCCAAAAACAUCUCACUACGUGACGUAUGAAGGAUCGUUAACUUAUCCGGGAUGCCAUGAAACUGUAACAUGGGUCAUCCUGAACAACCCGAUUUACAUAACUAACGAUGAUCUUCAAAUCUGGAACGAACUACAAAAGACAGAAACUAAACAACCGGAGCCUUCUUAUAUGACACCUGCAUAUAGGCCUCUGAAAUCUUUGAAUGGACGACUUCUAAGAACUAAUAUCAACGUUGGAUCGAAAGAAUCAGCGGCAUCGUCAAGUUGUCCCUCGAAUAUUUAUGUUGAAAUGGGAUACAGAGCGAAUCCAGGCAGAAAUAAGAGGAAUGACUCGGUUUCUCGGAGAUAUGUACGAAAGUCUGAAGUUUUCGAAAUCGAGAACAUUCGACCUGAUGAAAUUUCCAAAAUCGGGUCAUAUUGA